AUGGGACGGUCACAGACACUCGGGCACAGUCCACCUGAGAUGGGACGGGCACAGACCCGCGGGCACAGCCCAUCCGAGAUGGGAGGGUCACAGACACGCGAGCAGAGCCCACCCGAGACAAGAGGGUCACAGACACUCGGGCACAGCCCACCUGAAACGGGAUGGGCACAGAAAUGCAGGCACAGCCCACCCGAGACGGGACGGUCAGGGACCCGCGGGCACAGCCCACCCGAGAUGGGAGGGUCCAAUACACACGAGCAGAGCCCACCUGGCACCAGGAGGGUCACGGACCCACGAGCACAGCCACCCAAGACCGGGAGGGUCAUGGACCCGCGGGCACAGCCACCCAAGACGGGAGGAUCACGGACACACCGCUCCAUCACACCGGGAAUGGGAGUCAGACACCCCCCACCCUAUCUCCCCCCGGUGUUAAGAGGUUUCGACUUGUUUCAGAAGAGAUCGUGUCGACCCAAAAAUAAUUUUUGCAAUGUUUUUUGA